AUGGAAACUGAGCUUGAGAUGAUUGAGAAGAAUGAUACUUGGGAAUUGGUAAAAAGGCAGUUUGAAAAGCCUGUAGUUGGAGUCAAAUGGAUCUAUAAAGUCAAGCUAAAUCUUGAUGGGUCAGUUCAGAAAAACAAAGCAAGACUAGUAGCUAAAGGCUACAUUCAAAAGCCUGGAAUAGACUUCAACGAGACAUUUGCACCAUUUGCUCGACUUGAUACAGUUAGAACAUUAAUUGUUUUAGCUGCUCAGAGAAGGUGGAAGCUGUUCCAGUUAUAUGUGAAGUCAGCAUUCUUAAAUGGAGUGCUACAUGAGGAAGUGUAUGUGGAUCAACCUACAGGAUUUGAGAUUAAAGACAAGAAAGAUAGAGUUUAUAGACUCAAGAAGGACUUGUAUGGUCUUAAUAACAAGCUCCAAGAGCUUGAUGAUAUUAUCUACACAGGAAGUUCAGAAGAAUUGGUGAUGAGUUUUAAAACUGAAAUGAUGAAGAAAUAUGAAAUGACUGAUCUCGGAUUAUUGCACCAUUUUUUGGGUUUAGGUGUGACACAAGCUGAGUCCUACAUCAUCUUGCAUCAGAAAAAAAAUGCAAGAACAUUAUUGGACAAGUUUGGUUUCAAAGAUUGUAAAGCGGUUACAUCUCCACUUGCUAUGAAUGAGAAAUUAUCAAAGGAGGAUGGAAGUGAACAGGCUGAUGAAAGGGUGUACAGACAGAUAGUUGGAAGCUUAUUAUAUCUGACAGCAACAAGGCCAGAUAUCAUGUUUGUUGCAAGUCUCUUAGCUAGAUAUAUGUAUGGACCUACAAGGAAGCAUAUGGGGACUGCCAAGAGAGUACUUACACUACUAUAA